AUGGCCAAUCCUCAACGACUCCCUCCCCAACAACCUAGCUAUAACCAAGCUUAUAUGCCAAAUGGUGCUGUAGCAGGUCAUACCGGAAUCCCACCUGGAGCUACUCCUUUACUCCCAAACAACGGUAGAAUCAUACAAACUGGAGGUGUGAGAGUUUUGUGUGUGGCAGACGUACGAGGAAAUUUAAGAUCACUCAAUGAACUCGCAAAGCAAGCACGCGCAGAUCACAUUAUUCAUACAGGAGAUUUCGGUUUCUAUGAUGACACCUCUCUCGAUCGCAUUGCAGAAAAAACCCUCAAACAUGUCGCUCAAUACUCUCCCUUGAUCACAGAAGCUACGAAAAAGGCAAUCGCAGCACCGGGCGGUCCAGUAAAGUCGAGAUUCAGUCCUGGCGACCUUCCACUUUCCGAAUUACCACAGUUCCUAAAUGGCAGUCUGAAGCUUGAUGUACCAGUCUACACUGUCUGGGGUGCAUGUGAAGAUGUGCGAGUCCUCGAGAAAUUCAGAUCGGGCGAAUACAAGGUUGACAAACUACACAUCAUUGAUGAGGCACGCUCAAUGCUUUUGGAAAUUGGAGGCGUUAAGUUAAGACUUCUCGGACUUGGUGGCGCAGUUGUCAUGCACAAACUUUUCGAUAAUGGUGAGGGCAGAACCACAAUUGCUGGUGGGCAAGGAACCAUGUGGACUACAUUACUUCAAAUGGGAGAGCUGGUAGAUACCGCCAAUCGUGUAUAUGAUCCUACCGAAACCCGUGUAUUUAUUACCCAUGCGUCACCAGCUCGUGAGGGUAUUUUGAACCAGCUUUCAGUUACCCUCAAAGCCGACUUCUCAAUAUCCGCAGGACUACAUUUCAGAUACGGAAGCUCCUACAACGAAUUCAGUGUCAACCCUACCUUGGAUCAUUACCGGGGUAAGCUCGCAGCAUCCAAAGCUUCCUUCAAUGACGUAUGGGAGACAGUCAAGAGCGAAGUUCAACCGGCCAUUUCUCAAAACGAAGCGCAACAAAACCUUCUUAACAACGCACUUGGCAUUGUAGAGAAGAUGCCAAGCACCGCACAUGGAGGUAACCCAUUCGGCGGCCCCGUUGGCGGUUCUAAUGCCGCUACUUUGGGUCAAGUUGACGAAAGUGCUUUCAAAAAUAUGUGGAACUUUAACUUAGCUGAUGCUGCCUUUGGAUGGCUGGUUUUGGAAGUUCAAGAUGGGCGUAUCGGUACCGAAAUGCGAGCUCAGGGAUUCAACUUCGCUCAUCGAGGUGCAAAGCAACAUCCAGGUCACCAACAGCAACAAGCACAAGCACCUGCGACCGGCUCUGGAACACCUGGAUCAAGCCAAAAUCUUGUAUCCUCUGCACCACCUACUGGGCCAGCUCAGCGUUCACCUGCCGCACAACCUCCAGCGCAACCCUUCGGCCAACGAGGACAAGCUCAACAACAAAGCAGAGCUCCACCAGCUGGUCCUGAACGUACCGCAGAGUCGCCAGCUCCAUUCCAAGCCAAGCCUGCCACACCACAACCAGCUCAAAACAAUGUUGUUAACUUACCAUCUGCCAAAGAGGAUGAGAAGACUCCCGCGACCACAAAUGGUACAGAAAGCUCAUCCCCAGCAGCUAAGCCUUCUGCCGAACAAAUUAUUGGUCUCUUCGUUAUGAAUGUAAACUCGGAAGAUCACGUCCGCGAUUUGUUUCACGACGAUGACAAGGCAAAGAUUAUCCGAGUCGAUAAAUGGGGUGCAUCCAACAAGGUUGCCGUCUUCAAGACAACUCAGGAGAGAGACGAUGCUCUAGGUCGUCUACCUGCAGAGGUCACACAACGCAGCAGUGAGGAUCGCUCAAGACCUUUGGUAAAGUUAUUCCAGGCUAGAGACAAUACAAAGUCUUACUCUUCAAGCCGUGGAGGUGCCGGCAGUUGGGGUAGCAGCAGAGGUGGAAAUAGCAGUGCUCCCCGAGGUGGUUACGGAAGUGGGGGUGCUAGCGAUAGCGAAGGUGGUCGAGGCGGUCGGGGCGGUCGAGGUGGAUCUAGCCGUGGGAGAGGAAAUGAAAGAGGCAGAGGGGGACGUGGCGGACGAGGUGGCUUCAAUAAGGAAGGUGGAGCAUCCCCUGCUCUAGCUUCAGCUACACCAGCAGGAGGUGACUCUUGA